AAAACUAUAACUAAUUAAUAUGUGAAAUAUAGUUUUAGAAAGCCUUCGUUUUAAACGCUAAUAAGCUAUGAAUAAAAUUGCUAAUUAUUUCGUAUUUCAAGCCCGAAUUUCAAACGAUACCUGAAUGGAACAGUUCAGAUUUGUCCGACAAGCGACGCGGACGCAGCGACGGAGUGUAACAAAAGCGCGACGGUGGCAUUUGUGUGGAGUCGAGUUAAGUGGUGGCAGAAAAUUGGUGAAAUUAACCAAAUUGCAGUGAAAGAAUUGAAUAUAAAUAAUCAUAAUGAAUGCAAUUAACAAGUGAAAAGUAAUUGAAAUACGUGUAAGUAAUUGUGGCAAAGUUUAGCAAAGUGUUUUUGAAAUCCAGUUGAAUUCAUACACAUAGUUUUCUACAAGAAAAAUUCAGAAAUCGGUGAGAAAAACGAAGAAGGAGUGGAUGAAAAGUGUACGCAAAACAAGAAUUUUUGUGUACUCCACGAGCGAGCGCGAGUACGAAGCAGCGGCGAAGAAGAUUGCCGUCGAGCCGUCACUGAAAAUCAAAGUGGAAAGCAAAACGGGCGAAAAAUAGUAAAGUAGGAAGGAAAAAGUCCUUAAACGAAACGAGGAAAAUUUGUGUUUUCUGUGAGAGAUAACUUCCAAAGUAUAAAAGUUACGUUUUCGUUUGUGUUUAUACAUAUGUAUAGGUGAUUGUGAAAAUUUUGAAAAGUGAAAAGUGAAGAGUGCAAGCAAAUAUUUAUCCCUUUUGCAACGUUGGAAUGCGCAUUUGUGGCAGCAAAUAUAUCGCAAAGGCAAUUUCGUGGCAUUACUUUUUAACGAUACGACACGGCAAACUGAGGGAACAAAGUUACACAACAACACCAGCAACAAGAACAACAACAAUUGCACAUACAUACUGCUGACACUUGGCAAACGCAAUACGAAGACGGACACCAGCGUAUUGCAGUGCUUUGGAAUGUUGCAGCAACGCCAGCCGCUCACAAUAUUUGCCGUUUUUUGUGGCGGCUGCUGCUGCUGUUGCUGUCAGUGACAAACAAGGCGACCUGCAACCGAUGCGAAAAAUGCAGACACAACUGCUUACACUCGAAAUUGUUUUAGUUUUUUCACCACCCGCUUUUGCGUGUGUGCACCGUAUUGCUUGCAACAACAGACGCGACGCCGGAAGGCAGCAGCGUGCACGAGUGUCGCUUUAUCAGCGUGAAUAAAUUUCGUAAGAAAUUUUUAUCAACGUGAUAGCAGCAAUAAAAGCGAAAUAGUGUGCAGCAGCAGAAGUGGCAACUGAAAAGUGUGGCAGGCAAAGAAAUCGAUUCGAUACGUGUUGCCAAAAAGCGAAGAGCGACUGAGCUGAGUGUGCAGCGCGGCAAGGCGUUGAUAAAUAGACAUGAAAAUAAAAAAUAUCACAAAGACAAAUUCCAGCGGCAGCUGUACAGUUAAAUAUGCAUGUGGAACAUUGUAAAUAAAAAGCAAAAACAAAAACAAAACUGAAAGUUAAGUGAUAAAAAAAUUUAAGAAAAGAAAAAAUAUUAAAAAAAGUUGAAAAAAAUAAAAAUAUUCAAACAUAAAUAAAAAGUGAAACGUGUAUGCAAGUUGCAAGUGAACUAAAGUAAAUAACAACAACAACAACAAAUAAGCAGCAAAUUGAAAACAUAUAGUAGCAUAACGAGUGCAACCGACCUGAGUGAUUUCCGCGCCCCUGCAAAUGCGUUAAUAAACGACGAUUUGUUUAACAUUUGUAGCCGCCGAUAUUGGACUGUCUGUGUGCUCAGUGCAUGCUUAUUGACAAUCGUAGCGCAGACAGGACGGACGGCAGUCAGUCGAGUUGUCAACGUGCGUUCGAUAGACACUUACAAGGCGUCCGGCAGUGUCACACACGCAGCCCAGCGAGGAGUCGCAAUUUCAGAGACGAAUACGCGCUUAGUCGGAGAGACCAGUUGGAUAGACAGUCAGACAGUCAGUCAGUCAGUCAGAUAAAGUGCAGACAAUCAAGACAAGCUUUUAGUGCAGCACAGACGUCACACUUACAGUUAGACAAGCGGGCAGUCCCUCACAGUCAGUCUGUCAGUCAGCUCGCUCGCCAGUUGAGUUUGUCACAUAUUGAAGGCACAUUGAAGCGACGUUCCCAGCAUUGACAGCAGACAUUGACGCAACAACAACAACGCCCAGCGCUCAGUGAAUUUUUAAACAAGUAAUAAAUUUCUAUAUAAACUGUCGAGACAACUGAGCAGUGAGUGAAAGAUACAAAACGCAAGCGCGCGCAUCAAAACCGACGCAGCGGUAAAUUGACAGCUUUACGAGUAGGAGGCGGCGAGCAAAAAGUGACGGAGUAUACUUUGUUGCAAGUAGAUCAAGAGCGCAUACGCACAUACGGAUAUUUUAAAGCGACAGAGACAAACGCACCGCGGUGUUGUUGUUUGUUUACAAAGCGUAGCGGCCAGCCUGCAAGAGUUUGAAGCAGUUCGAGUGUGUAAAAACAAAAACCGCCGACUCCAUACGAGCGCGUAACAAGCGACGCAACGAGUAAACGCGUAAGCAUUUUGACGCAUACUGCCACGCCCAUAUACGCCAACCCGCCGAGUUUAAAAACAACAUAACUGUAGGUUGGCCUCGGCAAUACGGCAAUACCACCCGCUGUUCCAGAGCGCGUACGCGAGUUGUUAGCCGAGCGCGCCGUGUGGUGCGACGUCUUCCUGCGCAAGCAGCGCAGCGCAGCUCAGCAGAGAUCAAAUGUAAAUGAACAGUGAAAAUAUAUUGAAAAAUAUGCAAAAUAUUUUUAGUAAAAACAAAUAAAAUUGUAUAAAGCUUGCGCGCUGCAAACGAUGACUUGCUCUCAAAAUUUUACUCAACAGCACAACAACACAAACAACAGCAAUACAAACAAAAACCAGCUAAAAAAGCAUACAAGACAUACGCUUGUGGACACAGCAGAGCCAGCAACAGUCAACACUCAGCUACAACAACGACAACACAAGAGCGCGCUUGUUGUUGUCUCCACGCCAGUGCCACAUAAAUUCAAUGGAAAAUGAUGUGCUACGGCAACAGCAGCAGCGCCAGCAAGAGCAACACCAACAACACGUGUAACAACAAAUACAUUUGUGGAAGCGCACACAGCAUUGGCAGCGACGUCGACUGCAACUGCAGUUGGCUAACCGCCGCCAGCACGACGAUCAGCGCGCAUGCUUCGACAACGUCCGCAUUGGCGUCCAAACAGCGCAGCAGCAGCAGCUAUAAGAAGUAUCGCAGAGCGAAAGCGCUCAACGACGAGCAAAGCAGCUGCGACUCGAGCUCCAGUAAAAACAGCAACAAAGAUGACGCACAGCGCUUAGAAGACCAUUGCAGCAGCAGCCGAAGUAGUAAUGCAAUUACGUCAUUAACGCCCGCAUCCGCGCUCACAACAGCGACAGCGGCCAAUUCAUGCAGUUCCACAUUACACCAACGACGGCGACGCAACGAUGCUGCGCUUACCGCUUACUGCAGUGCGGCGGGCUCAAACUCGUCCGUUGCUGUGGCGUUGGCCGCCGGUUUGAGCAUUUGUCGCGCCUUUAGCUUAUCGUUAUGCAUGCUGCUGUUGCUGCGAGCAGCGCCCAGCGUGCACGGCAUUGCUGUCGGUGUGGACACGGCCAAUGCCAACAUCACAGAUUUGGGUAGUCCCGGUGGGUAUUCGACGACUAUUUAUAGUACUUAAUUAUUACACUUAUUUUAUAGUAGUCUUUAAGUAUUUGAUAAGCCAAGAAAUCGUACAAAACUUGCUGCUGCUGCCAACCAUACAUUUUCGGUUUUCUCCUGAAAUUAUAUGUAAGCCUUUUGGAUCUGUCCUCCAUAACGCUACUAGCCGAAAGAAAACCUCGGAGACUCUCUAAUAUAUGUACAUAUAUUUUACAUAUUAUACAUGAUCGACGUGACGAGCUCAGUUGGUUUAGCCAUUUCCGUCUGUCUAGCUGCCUGUACGUCCGUAUGUCUGUAAACACGGGACAUAGUGCCACAGUUUUUGAGAUAUCGAUCUGAAAUUUUGCGUACGUUCUUUUCUCCCCAAGAAGCUACUCAUUUGUCGGAACCGCCGUUAUCGGUACACUAUAGCAUAUAGCUGUCAUACAAACUGAACGAUCAAAAACAAGGACUUGUAUGGGAAACUUUUUAUUUGACAAGAUAUCUUCGCGAAAUUUGAUGUGUAAUAUUGUCCAAGGCAUUGCUACCAUCUCCUUAAAAAUUCUUCAGAUCCGGCCACUUUACCUUAUAGCUGCCAUACAAACCCGCAGAACCCAGACCUUGCAUGGCAAACUUUUUUAUUUGAUAAGUUAUUUCCAUGAAAUUUAGCACAGAUGAUUUUCCAAAGCAAAGCAAAACUCUCCGAAGAAAUUGUUCGGAUCGGACUACUAUAGCAUAUAGCUGCCAUACAAACUGACCGAUCAAACUCAAGUCCUUGUAUGGAAACCUAUUUUAUUUGCCGAAAUAUAUUUACCAAAUUUUACAUGGGUUGUUAUGCUAGGCAAUGCUACAAUCCCAGAAAAUUUUGUUUAGAUCAUACGGCUAUAACAUAUAGCUACCAUACAAACUGAAGGAUCAAAAUCAAGUCCUUAUAUGGAAACUUUUUUAUUUGACAAGAUAUCUUCACGAAAUUUGACAUGAAUUUCUUUCAAAAACAACGGUAUAAUAUUCCAAGAAAUUUUUUAGAUCGGACGAAUAUAGCACAUAGCUGCCAUACAAACUGAAGGAUCAAAAUCAAGUUCUUAUAUGGAAAACUUUUUUAUUUGACAAGAUAUCUUCACGAAAUUUGACAUGAAUUUCUUUCAAAAACAACGGUAUAAUAUUCCAAGAAAUUUUUUAGAUCGGACGAAUAUAGCACAUAGCUGCCAUACAAACUGAAGGAUCAACUUAAACAUCUUCUAUGAACAACUUUUUUAUUUAACGAGAUAUCUUCUCGAAAUUUGAUGUGGAUUAUUAUCCAAAGCAGUAGUACAAUCUCCGAAGAAAUUAUUUAAAUCGUAUGACUAUAGCUUAUAGCUGCCAUACAAAUUGACCGAUCAAAAUAAAAUUCUUGCACGGAAUCGUUUGUGUUUUGCAAAACUUCGUUGCAGAAAAGUUAAUAAUUUUUCAUAUAUUAUUUUAAAAAGGUCUCAAACUUUCACAUUAGAUAAUAACUGGACGCUUUAUCGAGUAUUCCUUCUCGGGUUGCAUGUUUUCUCGGCUUAGUUUUAGUUACAAAAAAAUACAGAAACUGUUACUUAAAUUGCUCCAACUGUUUAAACAUCUUGGCCUUGCUGGUUUGUUUUUUAUAUACCACUCAGAGUGCUCCCACAUUGCCCCGAUUGAACAAUAUACCACGUCUUGAGGCACAAUUUCCUGUUCAGCAAUUAUUCAUUUACGCCAACAGCGGCCCCGAAAGUGGGGUAGCCACGAGAAUGCCUGCACUAUACAAGUGCAGAGAUACAUACAUACAUGCAUGUGUAUACUUGUAUAUGUACAUAUGCCUUUAUUUGGGCAUGUGGUAUAUGCUUGUAUAUGUGUGUGUGUGUCACACUCGCAUAAACGCCGUCAAAGUUCAGUGGCCAAUUCACUUAUGCGCUGCCGGGAAUCAUUGUCGCACCGUUUGUCAUCAUGUCCUUUACCCAACGCACACACGUAUGUACAUAUACUUACCUUGUAUAUUAUGUGUGUGUGUCGCAAUUGCCUGAACUUUAAUAGUUUUUGUUGCGUCGACACUCGGCAUUUUCAUUUUCGUUUCAAUUUAUUUUUCUACUUCUUUGCGUUACUGCCAUUCGCAUUGAUUUCUUGUUGUUUGUACAUUUGUUUCCUUUCUUCUCAUUUUUUUCACUUUUGUUGUUGUACACCUGCAUUUUUAGCGCGCCCCUGUCACACUACCGCAUUUUAUGCCAUUUCCUUUGCCACAGCAAGCACCCGCAACCGACUUCUCAGCGUUACCUCAAAGCAAUAGCGCCACGCCACCGCCACCACCAGCAGCGGCAGCAGCAACCCGGUCCCAUUCAGCCAAGCAGUGCCUCUAAGCAUCAAUUAACCCAAUUUUCAAAUCCAUUUGCACUGCUACGCCGCAAAAUUGCAGUUGGCCGGAGCGUAGAAGUGGCGAAGUGACUACCGUUGCCUGCCACCCGUGCUGGCGUUCACCUUAUAGCCUUAGGAUGUGCCACCAACAACUAAUGCGCCGCACCGCCACUUCAUUUUCUCUUCACACCAGGGCGGCGACCCCUCCACUGCUCAACCAAACGCUUCCGUCAUAACUAUAUAUGUAUAACGGAUGUGUAUUAGGGUGGGUCAGAAAAAUGUAAAGUUAAAAAAUAGGUUUUUAGACACCUGUGAGUAAGUUACGCCACAAUAAGCCAUUUUGUAGAGCAGAAAAUUUCCUAAAAACUGUCAUGAUAUUUUUUUCAACAAAACUAUCAUGACAUUUUUUUCACUGAACUCAAAAAUUAAUAGGAAAAUUCGUUUUAAAGUAAUCAAAAUUUAAUAAAACUAGCAUGACAUUUUUUCCCAUAAAACUAUCAUGCGAUUUUUUCACUGACUUUAAAAAUCCAUAAGAAAAAAAUGUGUUAAAAUAAACAAAUUUCAACAAAAAUGUCAUUAUAUUGCUUAGAGAUGUCUAAGAAUUUUCUAAAUUUCAGAGAACCAAGCGAAAAAAAAAUUUAUUUUUAUUUUGACCCACCCUAAUGUGUAUGUGUUUGCUUAGAAAUAUAUACAUUUAUAUUGAGACUUACUUAGGGGUGUCUAAGGACCUAUUUUUCGAAGAAUCCGUCGAAAAAACUUUUUUUGAUCCACCCUAAUGUGUAUGUAUUUGCUUUGAUAUAUAUACAAUUAUAUUGAGACUUACUUAGAGGUCUCUAAGAACUAAUUUUCAGAGCACCAAGCGAUUUUUUUUUACCCACCCUAAUGUGCAUGUGUUUGCUUUGAAAUGUAUACAAUUAUUUUGAAACGUACCUAGAAGUGUCUUAAGAAUUUAUUUUUCAAAGUAUCCAGCGAAAAAAAUAAUUUUUAUUUUGACCCACCCUAAUGAUAUAUGUUUGCUUUGAAAUGUAUACUAUACAUAUAUAUUUGUAUUGAGUUAGCGCAGCUCAGUGCUAAAUUCCCAACGGCGCUUCAUGUGUGUGUGUGUGUGUGCAGCGUGUAGGCCCAACCAAGCCAACACCACCCACUGGCACGCUUUAAACUACAUACAUAUGUAUACACACACACACAUAUAAAUGUGGCUAUAUGAUUCAAGUGCGCCGCUAGUUGGUGACGUUUGCCAAAGGUGGCAGCAGCAGCUUUGCCAGUUGUUGGCCAUUUUCCGCCAAUUCUCUGUACGAUUUCCACGCUUUUCUAUUCUUAUUCUUACAUAUACAUAUGUCUAUAUAUACAUAUAUAUACAUAUGUAUAUAGUAUGGUAUACACUAUUAGUUUUACGCUUUUAUUUACGUAUGUGUGUGCGUUUUAUGCUACACGUUUCUGCCCCCAGCGGAGUAUUUAAGUCUAUUUGCAGAGUUGUUGUUGCUGUCGUCAACGUUGUUGAUUUGGUUUGGUUCGAAUUGGAUUGGAUCGCCGGUGGAUUGGUUUAGAUUGGAUUGUACUGGAUAUGGCGGCGCCUGCACCUGCCUAAUAUAAUUUCUUUUUUUUUCUUAAUUAAAAUCUAAUUCCCGUUACUUUGUAGCAUUUAAAGCAUUUCAAUUUCAGCAAUAACAAUAAUAAAAUUUUCGCUUUUCAGCCAAUCAGCCAGAAUUGUUAACGUUUAAUUUCCUUACAGCAUUACACUAAUACAUACAUACACUAAAAAUAUAUAUUUUCUUUUUGACAGAAAAAUACUUUACUUUUCAGCACAUAAUGGCACAUACGUACAUGUAUGUAUGUAUGUAUGUGUAUAAGAUAUUUUUAUUUGUCUUUGCAGUGUACGAUUUUACGGGGAGGGGACCGUUGUUGCCGGAAAACACUAAAAUCACUAAUAUUUAAAAUAACUUUAUUUUCAGCGUUUUUUUUAUAAAUUAUAAAUAAUAUUUUUUAGGAAUUUUUAGGACAGUCAGCAUUAUUAACUUAUUACAAAUUUAAUAUAUAAUCAUAAUAUUUAUAUAUUUUCAGAGUUUCGCUUGUGAAAUCGCCUCAAAGUUUAACUCUUAAUCGCAAUUUCACUUUCAGCUACAUUUUAGAUCAAAUUAAUUGCAUAACAUUUUGUCUCUCACAACAGCAAGCAAUUAAAAAGGGCGACUUCUUCUUCAUCCGAGGCUGUUUUGAUGCUUUCAUAAGUAGCGUUUUUUACGUGGCGAGCCCCAAACACAGCGCACAACCCUGGGGAUAGAUGUUUUGCCUUUCACUUUAGCUCGCCUUUAAUCAAAUUUUUUUUGGCUACAGAAAAUGUUCUAAGACCGGAAAUCGUGAGCUGCUUGGGCCAUACAUAUGUAAAAUAAUCGUUUCUGGCCACUCUCAAGUAAAUGGUAAUCAGAGAACUUUCCUCACUUACGUGAACUUCUACAUAUGGCUGCAUCCUCCAUAAAACUACUACUAAGAGUUAUUUUAUCGAGAGCACAUCCUUUACGAAUCGAAAGCAACUGCCAUGACAAGCUGAAAAACACGAAUACCCAUUGGUCUUAUUAUUAUAGCGGCAGAAAACUUUCUUGAAAUAAUUUAAAAAAGUUCUGCCGUGUGGACAGUCUUUGGACAGAUAAAUAUCCGGCUCCCUUCCGGUUACAAAUGUAAUAUACAUAUAUCCGACAGUCGUGAGAACGAACAUGGAUUCCUGAAAACUUUUGACUAGCCAGUUACUGUCAGUAAUGCCGGUACAAUUAAUUUAAAACAAAAUUAUAAUGAAUUAUUAGCAAUUAUAUAUUAUAUUAUAAUUAUAUAAAACAAUAAUAAAAAAAUAAUAAUUAAUAUUAAUUUUUAUAAUAAUGAUAACUUUUAUUAAAUUAAAAAAAAAAACAGAUAUACAUACAUACAUACAAUUAUAGCCAAAUACGAAUAAGUAUAUAUUGAAGUAGAAAUCGAAAGAUAUGUGUGUACAAGCAUCUAUGUAUGUAAAAUUUUACCAGCGACACUAUUUUAAGUUUUGUAUUACUUAUUUUUAACAUAAAGCAGUUAUUCCGAAAAAUGUUUACUUUUGCUGCAAACAAAAACGCACACACACACACAUAAUAAUGUAAUUAAUAUUGUAAAAUAAAUU